AUGGAGUUCUAUGUCUCUCUUCUAUCCCUCUUCGUCCUAAUCGUGUCCUUCUCACUUCACUUCCUCUUCUACAAGAAUAAACACAGUGCCAGCAGCCUCUCCGGUCCUCUACCGCCUGGCAAAACCGGGUGGCCCUUGGUGGGGGAAAGUCUUGAAUUCCUCUCAACCGGAUGGAAAGGUCACCCUGAAAAAUUCAUUUUCGAUCGCAUAGCCAAAUACUCAUCCUCUGUCUUUAGGACACAUUUACUAGGUGAAAAGGCCGCGGUUUUCUGUGGUGCAAAUGGGAACAAGUUCUUGUUUUCAAAUGAAAACAAGCUUGUCCAAUCAUGGUGGCCUAAUUCUGUCAACAAAGUCUUCCCGUCUUCUACACAAACUUCAUCCAAAGAAGAGGCUAUUAAGAUGAGAAAAAUGCUCCCAAAUUUCCUAAAACCAGAGGCCUUACAGCGAUACAUUGGUAUAAUGGAUCAUAUAGCCCAAAGACAUUUUUCUGAUGGAUGGGAAAACAAGAAUGAAGUAAAAGUUUUCCCUCUUGCAAAUAGAUACACUUUUUGGCUUGCUUGUCGUCUGUUUGUAAGCGUCGAAGAUCCUAACCACGUAGCAAAAUUUGCUGAUCCUUUUAAUGCAUUGGCUUCUGGCCUUAUUUCAAUCCCCAUAGACUUGCCUGGAACUCCAUUCAAUCGUGCGAUCAAGGCCUCAAAUUUCAUUAGAAAAGAACUUGUGGCCAUAAUCAAACAACGGAAAAUCGAUCUGGCAGAAGGGAAGGCAUCAUCAACACAAGAUAUAUUGUCACACAUGCUUUUGACUAGUGAUGAAAAUGGAAAAUUCAUGCAUGAAUUGGAUAUAGCAGAUAAGAUUUUGGGAUUGCUUAUUGGAGGACAUGAUACAGCAAGUUCCGCAUGCACUUUUAUAGUCAAGUUUCUCGCUGAGCUGCCUGAAGUUUAUGAAGGAGUCUACAACGAACAAAUGGAAAUUGCAAAUUCAAAAGCACCAGGUGAAUUAUUGAACUGGGAUGACAUUCAGAGAAUGAAAUAUUCAUGGAAUGUGGCAUGUGAAGUGUUAAGACUUGCACCACCCCUCCAGGGUGCUUUCAGAGAAGCCCUUACUGAUUUCAUGUACAAUGGUUUCUCAAUUCCCAAGGGAUGGAAGAUAUAUUGGAGCGCAAACUCGACGCAUAGAAACCCAGAAUUUUUCGCCGAUCCCCUGAAGUUUGAUCCUUCAAGAUUUGAGGGAAGUGGACCUGCUCCUUACACAUUUGUUCCUUUUGGAGGGGGCCCUAGAAUGUGCCCUGGAAAAGAGUAUGCUCGUUUGGAAAUUCUUGUUUUCAUGCAUCAUCUAGUUAAAAGAUUCAGGUUUGAGAAAAUAAUCCCAGACGAGAAAAUAGUUGUGAACCCAAUGCCAAUCCCAGCAAAGGGACUGCCUGUUAGACUUUAUCCCCACAAAGCAUAA